AGCCAGCCACAGUGGCAUCACUCGCCGGGCCGUCCAGGUGUACUCCACCUGUCCCUCGCCCUCGAAGUGCUCCUCCCGACGACCACCUUAUCCCCCAAAACCUCCUCCUCGAGACAGACCAACCCCCAAGUGACACUCGACACUCGAAAAUCCUUCCUGGCCCUCCUCACCUCCCCCACCCCACCCCCCCUUAUCCCUCUCCUUUUCUGCCUCUCGUGAUAAGAAAAAGGAUAUUCUUGAUCGCCCAGAGAGGAAAAGAUGAUCGUCUUUCGGAUCAUGCAAGCCCUCGUUGUGUUGAUGCUGAUGGCUGACCAACUCCCGAAGGCGAGGUCGGCGUCGAGGUACAGCAGCUCCUGGAGGGAAGAUCGCUACGAUUGUUACACGGAGAAAGGCGAGGGCUUGAGGCUUCAGGCAAGUCACGUGGAUAAAUACGCGAGUGUUAACAGCCUGAGGGAGUGUGAAGAGGCUUGUAAUCUGGCCUUUUUCUCCUGCAAGUCCUUCUCCUUCAGCUACUACCACAACCGAGAACCCGAGAACUGUCUCCUCUCUCGCGAGGACUCCUACACCCUCGACCUCAGGGACGACCGGGACUUCUACAGGGACGCGGAUUUUGUCUACUACGAAAAGGCAUCAGGAAGAGACUGCGAUUAUAAGGAUGACCACACGUACGGGCCUCAGGGCGACAGCUGUUACGAACUCGUCAAGACCCGGUCUCGUAUGGACUCGAGGUACAUCAUCCGGGGGAAAGUCCUCCGAACCCGCGACCGGAGGGAGUGCGAGAUGGAGUGCGACCGGGAGUAUGACUGCAGGGGAUUCAACUACAGCGUUCAGGACAUUCUGAAAGCCGGCGGCGGGGCUUCACUCAUUAAACCAAAGGCGGACAUCGAGCUAAUUGAAUACUUCGCGAACUUGUUUAUUCCAGGGACAAAGCACGACCCAGAUACGAGAGGAAUGCUUUUCGAAAACUGGCUUUAG